CGCAUUCAUUCUGCCCCAGCUACUCUGAUUCUCUCACAAGCUUUCGUCUUACUUUACCCAUCUACUUCUCCUUGCAUCUGCCACUAUAUAGUCCAUCACAUAUACCCAAAAAGAACGCUGUAUCCACAACCCAUCAACAAACCCACCCCGAAAUCAAAAAUGUCCUCACAAGAAGACUCCCUGCUAACAGACCUCUGCACAAUCUGCCACCUCCAACCCCCCAAAUACCGCUGCCCGCGCUGCAACACCCGCACCUGCUCGCUGCCCUGCACGCGCCGCCACAAGCUCUGGUCGCAGUGCAGCGGGGUGCGCGACCCCGCGGCCUACCUGCGGCGCAGCGACCUGGCCACGGAGACGGCCUUCGACCGCGACUUCAACUUCAUCACGGGCAUCGAGCGCUCGAUCGAGCGCGCCGGACGCGACGCCGAGAACCGUGGGAUCCGGGUCGAUGGGGAUGCUGCGGGCUUCGUAAGGGAUUUGGCGGUCGUGGGGUUGGAUUCUCCUUCUAGCACGGGGACGGGAGAGGGGCUGGAGGGGGAGGGAGGGGAGAUUGGUGGUGGUGGUGGUGGUGGUGGUGGGAGCGUUGGGGGGAAGAGGAAGAGGGGUGGUUUUGUCGGUGCUGGUGCUGGUGCUGGUGCUGGUGCUGGCCCUGCGAAAGGGGAAUCGGGGUUCUUGCGGGAAGUGAGGAAUGCGGGUGUCAAGGUUAUUCGGGCGCCGAGGGGGAUGAGUCGGAAUAAGGAGAAUGGGUCCAGGUGGUUUGCUAAACAGCAUUGCUUGGUGUGGACGGUGGAGUGGAUAGGGGAGACCGGGGAGAAGCGCACGAGGAAUUGCAGGGAUUCGGUUCCGAUCGCAAUCUCCUACGAUCGAGCGUUUCCUCUCAGUAGGGAAGAACGCGAGAAGGAAAAGGAAGAAGAGCAGACACAGACGCAGAACCAAGAGCAGGGAGAAGAUCAAGCCCAGUCGCAGCAACAGGAGCUGUCGUCUUCAACAACAGAGAAUGUCGCUCAGCAACCCCAAGAUACCACAACCACCACCGCUGAAUCCAGCACUGCAGAAUCUACGGCAGCACCAACCACGACUGACGAAACACACCCACCAACUACCACCUCCGAACAAGAAGAAACGCACGCGAUCAUCCCCCAUCGAAACGUAUACUUCUACCUCCACCGGCCGCGGACAGCGACCAAACAGCCCGUCCUGAUCCCGCUCGCCCCCAACAUGACUCUUACCGCCGCCCUGCGCGACCACACGGUCCUCGAAUUCCCUACCAUCUAUGUACUACCGGGCUCGCCCGAUGCGUUACGCGCGCAGGGAUCAGACGCCCGGUAUCUACUUGAAGACGAGUAUAUUCGCACCCACGCGCCAGGGGAAGAGGACAGCGCGAGUCCGACGGAGUCGGAGGUCGAUCAACCGGCCCCUGCCGGUAUCGACCUGGGAAAUGUCGACGAGAAAAAGGUCCUGGAAGUGCUCAAGAAGGAUCUCUUCGAGCCGACGACGCUUGGGUAAUGCAGAUCUAUGACGGGAUGAUAGGAUACGGGGAGAAUUGUCAUAGAUAAGUAAGGAUCGGGAUACAUCUACCUAGGCAUAGUUGUCCAUAAUAUGAGAGCGUCUAUAGGGAACAGUCUGGCGUGCUUGCUGCUUAUUGACUUGGUCCACAAUUGCAG